AUGUCAGCCGCUACACAAGCAGUAUCACAGACGGGCUUGGCCCAACUGCAUCCCUUCGACCCCCUCACACCUUCAGAGAUUCAACUGGCUGUCAAGAUCUUGGAGAGCACCUUCCCAGGCGUCAAGUUGCGAUAUAAGCGUAUAGAUGUUCAAGAGCCUCUCAAGAAAGAUGUCAUCCCAUAUAUCGAGGCCGAAAGGCUCGGCCAGAGUCUACCCCCCAGGCCGGCUCGUGUGCUACACACUCUUUUCCAUCGGUUGGACAAUGGCACUUUCUACAAGGCGUUGAUCAAUGCCGAUACAAAGUCCGUCAUUUAUGCAAAGGAAAUGCCAAAGCAUGUUCAGGGUCCUAUUGAUGUGGAUGAGAUGAUGGCCAUCGAACAGCUUUGUCUCCAGAAUGCCGAAGUUCAAAAGGAAAUUGAAAAGCUGCAACUACCCCCAGGCGUUACGGUAUGCAACGACCCAUGGAUCUACGGCACAGACGACCCCGAAGAGAGUCGUCGUCUGUUCCAAUGUUAUAUGUAUAUAGUCGAAGUCGAUCAUCCACAGAACAACCACUACUCGACACCCGUCAAGUUUUCGCCUGUUUUUGAUGGUCUCACACAUGAAUUGGUCCGAAUGGAUUAUCUUCCGGCAGGCAUUGACCAUUCAAUCACAGCUACCGCACCCUGGAAGCCAGUCAAAACUAUUCAGUAUGCACAUGAAUUGCUUGAUGAGCCACUAAGGACGGAUUUGAAGCCAUACAUUGUACAGCAACCUGAGGGUCCUUCCUUUAAUGUGGAUGGCAAUCUUGUGACUUGGCAAAAGUGGCGAUUCAGAGUUGGCUUCAAUACUCGUGACGGCCUGGUGAUUAAUAAUGUCACAUAUGCCGGCCGUAACCUGUUUUAUAGGCUGUCACUUUGUGAGAUGACAGUACCAUAUGGAGACCCCCGCAAACCAUUCCAUCGCAAGCAAGCCUUCGACGUCGGUGAUGUCGGUUUCGGUAUAACAGCCAACCAGCUGUCCCUCGGAUGCGACUGUCUCGGUCAUAUCAAGUACUUCAACGGAUGGCGAACAGACAGCAAAGGAGAGCCCGUGUUAUUAGAGAAUGUGAUCUGCCUCCACGAGCAAGACAAUGGCCUCCAACACAAACACACCAACUACCGCACAAACUCAGCCACGGUUGUGCGCAAUCGUCAAUUGGUUGUUCAGAUGAUCUGCACCGUGGCGAACUACGAAUAUAUCUUUGCCUACAUUUUCGAUCAAGCAGCUGGCAUUGAGCUUGAGGUUCGCGCCACUGGUAUCCUGUCCACAUCUCCCUUGGACAACGAGAACGGCCAGACUGUCCCAUGGGGUACGAACGUUGGUCCUGGCGUCGUAGCCGCAAACCAUCAACACAUGUUCUCGUACCGUAUUGAUCCUGCUAUUGACGGAUUCAAAAACACUAUCAUCUACGAAGACAGCGUCGCCAUGCCGGAAGACGAUAACAACCCCUAUGGCUGCGGCUACAUCUCCCAAGAGACCAUCCUAAAGAAAUCGGGCACAGCACAAACCUCCGUCGAACGCCACCGCGUCUUCAAAAUCCGCAACGACAGCGUCAUAAACCCCAUAACCUACAAGCCCGUAGCUUACAAAUUGCAAACAUCACCCGCUCAAAUGCUUCUCAUGGGUCCCAAAUCAUUCAAUUACCGCCGCGCAGAGUUUGCGACGAAACCAAUUUGGGUUACCAAGUUCCAGGAAGAGGAGUUGUAUGCUGCGGGUGAGUUUACGAAUCAGAGUCGGCAGUCGGAGGGUGUUGAGAAGUGGGUUGCUCGUAACGAGACGGUGGAGAAUGAGGAUCUUGUUUUGUGGCAUACAUUUGGCCUUACGCACAACCCCCGUAUCGAAGAUUUCCCAGUCAUGCCAGUUGAGAAAGUGAGCGUUAUGCUCAAACCGGACGGCUUCUUCAGCAAGAACCCGGCUCUGGAUGUACCUCCUUCAGUGCAGUCGUUUAACAAGUCUACUCUGCACCAGGAUGCCUCUCCUUCGUGCUGCAGCCAUGAGAAUGCUGGUUUUAGUAUGGAUAAGGCGAAACUGUACAAGAGGGUUGAUUAA